ACCUUGGUUCUUCAUUCAAAAUAUGGCAGUUAUAUUGAGUUUUAAAGCUGUAGCCAUGCUAUCUAUUUUCAUUCUUGUUAUUUGUCUCCCCUUUUCUAUGGGUCUUUUCUACCCAGCCUUCAACAAGCUCCAACUGCCAUCAACAAGUAUAGGUCCCGUAUCCUCCGCCUUCGACCUGUUUGGUGGAGGACCUUACGUUGGUAUCUCCGAUGGUCGAAUUGUCAAGUAUCAAGGGCCGCCCACCAACACUUUUAUCGAUUAUGCAUUCGACACACCAAAUAGGUCCAAGGCAGUGUGUGAUGGGACGAGUAACCCAGAUAUGGGACCUCUCUGUGGGAGGCCACUUGGGUUGGGAUUCAACUAUCGAACUGGUGAGCUCUAUAUAACGGAUGCUUAUUAUGGUCUCAUGGUGGCCGGAACUAAUGGAAGGCUUGCAACCCAACUUGCCACUAGUGCAGAGGGGGUGCCCUUUCGCUUCCUCACCGGUUUGGACAUUGACCCAACUGGAAUCGUCUACUUUGCAGAUGCAAACACCGUCUACUCUUUGAGAGAAAUUCAACAGGCAAUUCAGAGUGGUGAUGCAACAGGAAGGCUGAUGAAAUAUGAUCCGAACACAAAACAAGUUACAGUGUUGCUAAGGGGCCUCGCCUUUGCAACUGGGGUGGCAGUUGGUAGAAAUGGAGGAUUUGUCCUUGUUUCAGAAUUUAAGGGCAAUAGAAUUCAAAAGUAUUGGCUCAAAGGCCCCAAAGCCAAUACAGCAGAAAUUUUAUUGAACUUACCUGGACCAGGUAUCAUCAAGAGGACCACAUCAGGAGACUUUUGGGUGGCAGCGAAUGUCCUGCAACAACAGCCUGCACAAACUGCGGUGCGAACAGGGCAAAGGAUCAAUGAAUUUGGCAAUGUUGUGCAAAAUGUGACUCUUGACGCACAAUAUGGCAAUGAUUUAAUCACUGAAGUUCAAGAGCGUCUUGGGACGUUAUAUAUAGGGUCUCUGAUUAAGAACUUUGUUGGUGUGUUGAGUCCUGUAUAGGGCUUCAAACAAGUCCCCAGAUUAUAAAGUCAAGUCAGGUUUGUUUUAUUAUUAAACCCCUUGGUACU